UCCUCAACGCCCCUACUAUCCACAAUGUCCCUCCUCGCUCGAUCCACCCUCCGUGCCGCCAGGACCCUCAAGACGCCCCAGCAGGUCCGAUCCGUCCACUUUGAGAACGUCGUCGACCACACUAUCCCCACUGACGUUACCAACAAGUACUUCCUUGCCGCCAAGAUCAUCACUUUCGGUGUUCUCGGCUUCGGUACCCCCUUCUACGCCGCUUACUACCACCUUAACAAGUCCGGUUAGGCUGGAGAAUUGGUGGAAAUGGCAUCGGCGACAUGCAUAUCAUAAAAGCUUUAUUGGUGUCUCAGAUUGAGCUGUGUAUUAAUGUGGAAAGCGUGAUAUCGUUUAAGAAUUCCUGGAUAGGGUCCUCAUAAAGGUUGGCAAUUGAUGUGGUACGAGGGAUUUCGAGAUGGGGGAUCGGAAUGAUUGCUAUUGGUGGGACAAUUGUAGUCGUGGGCAGGUUGAGUGGUUGAAAUACGCAAUGCUCUAUACGCAUAUCCCGAAAGCGUCUAUACCCACAGCAUUUGAACUGUCGUGUUUUGAGAUGCUGCAUAGGAGGAGACCUUGUACCUUGACGCUAGACCUUACGACCUUAAAAAAUAGUUGUACUUGUAGGUUGCGGCUUGCUUGUGGAGGAAAU